UCAGUUAAGUGCCCUGAUAGACUUUGUUUUAAAAGGUUUGGAGAAACCCUUUAUGAGACCACUCUUGACUUUAAAUUAAUAAGCUAUGUCAAAAAGUCACCAGAGACAUAUUAAACUCCACAGAAUCCUAAAAAGAGAACCCUUUUGCAAUCAAAAAUGAAAGUAAGAGCUCAAAUCUGUGUUCUGACCUAAAUUGCUCAAUCACUUGUUCCCUGUUUGGUGCUGCUGUGUUAAUGGGUAAUCGGUCAUCAAAUAAAGCGGUUGACUGUUGUUUGAUAAGGACACUCUCGCUGUGGUUUCUGUCACUCAAAGACACAAAGCACUGAUAGAGUGCAGUCAUGUAUGUCAAACCAAUACUUUGGAUACUACUCUUCAGCUCUGUCCAAGAGGUGUCACUGCAGGAAUAUAAUUAUGAUGAUGAAACAUACGAGUAUCCACAGCCUCUGAGCUGCUCAACCACCGAGAACAUCAAAGGUGGAAAUGUCACCUACUCACAGGGAGGGAUGCAGGGAAGUGUGCUGACUUAUCACUGCGGCCCGGACCAAUACCCUUUCCCCGUCAGCUCCAGGCUCUGCGGCGAUGAUGAGGAGUGGUCGGUCAUGAGAUCAAACAAUGGAAGACAGAUUUCACGGGCCACAUGCAAAGACAUCUUGUGUCCGGCUCAGCUCCAGCUGGAUCACGGUGACUUCUGGCCCCGGGACCAGUGGGCUCAUGUUGGGACGACGCAGACCUUCUCCUGCCAGGAAGGGUUCACCCUGUACGGCUCAGCCCAGAGGAACUGCACCAUGUCUGGGGAGUGGACAGGAACCACUCCCAUCUGUGACAACCACGCUGACGACUGUAGUAACCCAGGCAUCCCACCGGGGGCUCAGAGGUCAGAGGGUCGCUUUCAAACAGGGGAGAAAGUGAUCUACCGCUGUCAGGCUGGUCUGGAUCUGCUCGGGUCGGCUGAAAGGGAGUGUCUGGAGAACAGGGAGUGGAGCGGCUCAACACCACGCUGCCAAGGCGCACAUAUGUUUGACUCCCCCAGUGUUGUGGCAGCAGCCAUGGCCGGGUCCCUUGCAGGACUCAUGGAUGUUAUCUCACCGGACUCCAAAAAGACUGAAUCGUCGGCGUCCUUUGCCCGCACCAUCCUUGUGUCUGAAGGCAGUCGUAUAAACGUUUACAUUUUACUGGACACAUCAGGAAGCAUCACAAAGCAGGACUUUGAGUUAUCCAGGACAGCAACCAUUGCUCUCAUCAGAAAGUUGGACAGCUACGAGGUUCAGCUGAGGUUCCAUGUGUUGUCAUUUGCCACUAUGGUAAAAGACAUUGUAGACAUCACACACUCGGAUAUCAGUGGAAACAUUGACGACGUCAUUUGGAAUCUGGAGGGUUUCAACUAUACCAGCCAUGGGCGUAAGACAGGAACUAACCUCCACGCUGCCCUCUAUCGAGUCAGUGAGAAGAUCAACUUCCUCAAGCAAAACAGUGCCAACAACCAUUUUAAUGAGACUCAAAACAUCAUAAUUAUAGAAACAGACGGUUACUCCAACACAGGCAAAAAGCCUGAGAUUGCCCUGGCCCAAAUCCGGAGUCUGCUAGGUUACAGAGACCAAACCAGUGAUAACACAGAUGAAACCAAGCUGGAUGUCUAUGUAUUUGGUAUUGGCAGCAAAGUAAACAAAGAUCAGUUGAACUCCUUAGCCUCAAAGAAACGUGGUGAGAAGCACUUAUUCGUUGUGAAAAACUACCAAAUACUUGGAGAGGUGUUCAACAGCAUCAUAAGUGACAAGAGUGUGACCAUGUGUGGGAUAGCUCAGGAAUUGGAGGAGCAUAGGAAAACCCUCACCAGACCCUGGCAUGUCACUGUGGAAACAAUCAAUAAGAUAGCGCCAGCGUGUGUUGGAUCCAUUGUGAGCCAGAACUGGGUGCUGACAGCUGCUCACUGCUUCGCCAGGGCGAGCACAGAAGAGCCUCCGAAGGUGCACAUUCGUCACGGUGACGGCUGGGUGGUUUCCGAGAGGGUGAUCAUGCACCCCAAGUACAACAUCAGGGCGCUCAAACACAGAAACGUAUCGGAGUUCUACGACUACGAUGUAGCUCUGGUUCAGGUGACCAAGAGUAUCCCGCUCUCAUGGAAAGCCAG